CAGACACCCGAGGUCGUUCAGGCUAAGAAGUAUGACCAGAACGAUGUUGAUAAAGUGUCACAUUUCACCCCCACUAUUUGCGUCAGUGACAGCGCCUUAAAGUUCACCAACGUCCUCUACAACCUUACUCCUGCUGAGCUGUAUGAGCAUGCUGUCAAGUACGAGAAGGGGUCGUUCAUCACGUCCACCGGCGCAUUAGCAACUCGAUCGGGAGCCAAGACUGGUCGGUCUCCAAGAGAUAAGCGUGUUGUCAAGGACGCUACUACUCAGGAUGAUCUUUGGUGGGGAAAGGGUUCCCCCAACAUCGAAAUGGACGAGCACACGUUCAUGAUUAACAGGGAAAGAGCUGUAGAUUACUUAAAUUGUUUAGACAAGAUCUUUGUGAAUGACCAAUUUCUGAACUGGGAUUCAGAAAACAAAAUUAAAGUGAGGAUUGUCUCUGCUAGGGCUUACCACUCACUGUUCAUGCACAACAUGUGCAUCCGACCCACUGAAGAAGAGCUGGAGAAUUUCGGCACUCCGGACUUCACUAUCUACAAUGCUGGCAAGUUCCCCUGCAACCGUUACACACACUACAUGACAUCCUCUACUAGCGUUGAUCUCCAUAUUGCUAGGAAGGAGAUGGUCAUUCUUGGAACCAUGUAUGCCGGUGAAAUGAAGAAGGGCCUCUUCAGUGUCAUGCAUUAUCUCAUGCCCAAGCGCCAAAUCCUCUCCCUCCACUCUGGCUGCAAUAUGGGGAAGAGUGGAGAUGUUGCCCUCUUCUUUGGUUUGUCAGGUACCGGUAAGACAACCCUUUCCACUGAUCACAACAGGUACUUGAUCGGAGAUGAUGAGCACUGCUGGAGCGACAAAGGUGUGUCGAACAUCGAAGGUGGUUGCUAUGCCAAGUGCAUUGACCUUUCCAGGGAGAAGGAGCCUGACAUUUGGAACGCCAUCAAGUUUGGCGCUGUGCUGGAAAAUGUUGUGUUCGAUGAUUAUACCCGACUGGUGAACUAUGCAGACAAAUCUGUUACAGAGAACACUCGUGCAGCCUACCCCAUCGAAUUCAUCCCCAACGCACUGAUCCCAUGUGUUGGCCCCCACCCUAAGAAUGUCAUUCUUCUGGCAUGUGAUGCAUUUGGUGUGCUCCCACCUGUGAGCAAGCUGAACCUGGCACAGACCAUGUACCACUUCAUCAGUGGCUACACUGCCCUGGUUGCUGGAACUGAAGAUGGUAUCAAGGAGCCAACGGCAACAUUCUCAGCCUGCUUUGGUGCAGCAUUUCUAAUGCUGCAUCCUACCAAGUAUGCAGCAAUGUUGGCUGAGAAGAUGCAGACGCAUGGUGCAACUGGAUGGCUGGUGAACACUGGCUGGUCUGGUGGAAGCUAUGGAUCCGGAAGCCGCAUCAAGCUAGCCUACACAAGGAAAAUCAUUGAUGCCAUCCACUCCGGCAGCCUCUUGAAGACAGAGUAUAAGAAGACCAAAGUGUUUGGACUUGAGAUUCCUAGUGAGGUUGAGGAAGUGCCCUCAGAAAUACUUGAUCCUGUGAACACUUGGUCAGACAAGAAUGCAUACAAUGAGACACUGAUGAAGUUGGCUGGCCUGUUCAAGAACAACUUUGAGACCUUCACAAAUUACCAGAUUGGCGAGGACAACAAGCUGACUGAGGAGAUACUUGCAGCUGGUCCCCACUGCUGAGACUGGACAGAGAUUUAAGAAU